AAAACACCCUUAUAACACCUGUCUUCCUAGGGUUUUUGUUUCUCUUAUUGCAGUCAGGGUGAGAAUUGAGACCCUAGCAGCAGCCGCUUCCUCUCCCUUGCUUGAUAUCUAGCUCCUUCAGUAUGGAUAGUCAAAUUAAGCAUGCAGUGGUAGUGAAAAUUAUGGGAAGGACUGGAUCUCGUGGACAGGUCACUCAGGUUAGAGUCAAGUUUAUUGAUGACCAGAACCGUUUCAUCAUGAGGAACGUCAAGGGACCAGUCAGAGAAGGUGACAUUCUUACCUUGCUUGAGUCUGAGAGAGAAGCUAGGAGACUCCGUUGAUGGGCAUGUUACUGCUUGUCCACAAGAUUCUCAUCCUGGUUUUGGUGGUCAUCAAUCAGGACUAUUUUGUUAUGUAGUCGCUAGUGAGUGCUAAUGGGUUUUGUUUACGGUAUUAUCAAGACUUGGAUUCCAGAUUUAUGAACUGCAUGUAAGAAUGCUUUGAAUUUUUUAAAAUUUGGUUUGAACCCACGAGUCUUGUUUAA